GAGCGGAAGUGACGCAACUGUCAGUGCUCAGGUGUCAUUUCCGUAUUUCAGAGAGUUUGUCAACAUUAGGGACUACCGGUGGUUAAAAAUCGAUCGUCCGGUAUGAGGAGGGGAUGAACCAUCAGAGCAGACUGCACGAUAUAAAGAAAGCUGAGAUAGAGUGAGACAUAACAGACCUCCACAACAACAUGAAUUGUGAGGAAGAGAAGGGUCUGGAUGACCAGGAGAGGAACUCCAGCCUGGACCAAAAGGAUCCAGAUCCUCCUCCGAUUAAAGAGGAAAAGAAGGAACUCUGCAUCAGUCCAGAGGGAGAGCAGCUUGUAGUGAAGCAGGAGGCUGAAGACAUCAUCGUCUGGACCGGGGAAGAGCGGCUCAGACUCCUGGAUAACAUGUGGAAACCAGAAAUAAACUUACGCAGCACAGAUUUCCCACAACAGCAUGACUGUAAAGAGGAGGUUCUCACAGACAAGCAGGUCUUUAAUCAAGAGACGAACUUCAGUAUAAACCAGGAUGACCCUUCACAGAUUAAAGAGGAACAGAAGGAACUCUGCACCAGUCAAAAGGGAGAGCAUCUCGUACUGAAGCAGGAAGAAAGCAAGCGUGUGGACUCAACUAGAAAUGCAGAGCUGAAGAAAAGACCUCAAAUAAACAGAAAUAAGCGCCUGUCGCAGGCCCAGCGUAAAUCUGAAACAUGUGAAAACUCUGUAAAAUGUGACAUUUGUGGAAAAACCUUUUACUAUAAAUCAUCUUUGACAAGACAUCUAAGAGUUCAUAAAGGUGAGAGGCCACAUUCUUGCAGCACCUGUGGGAGAGGAUUCAGUCAGAUGAUAAACUUGAAAAGUCACAUGAGAGUCCACACAGGUGAGAAGCCAUAUUGUUGUAGCACCUGUGGGAAAACAUUUAGUUUCUCAUCACCCUUCAGAAGCCACCUUAGAAUUCACACAGGUGAAAAGCCACAUUCGUGUGGCACCUGUGGGAAAAAAUUCUACAAGAAAUCAGACUUGGAAAGUCAUAUAAAAGUUCACUCGGAUGAGAAGCCCCAUUCUUGUAGCAUGUGUGGUAAAAGAUUCAAGCAUAUGAUAAACUUGAAAGUUCACAUGAGAAUUCACACAGGUGAGAAGCCUUAUUCUUGUAGGAUCUGUGGGAGCAGUUUCAGAAAGAAAUCAUCACUGGAAUGUCACGUAAGGAGUCACACAGGCGAGAAACCAUUUGCUUGCAGCAUCUGUGGGAAAGGAUUCACCCAGACACCAAAUUUAAAAAUUCACCUGAGAAUCCAUACAGGUGAGAAACCAUAUUCUUGUAGCACAUGUGGAAAAAGUUUUAUUAGCUCAUCAGAGUGUAAAAAACACUCGAGAAUCCACACAGGUGAAAAACCAUAUUCUUGUAGCACAUGUGCGAAAAGAUUCACUUAUAAAUCAGGACUAGAAACUCACAUUAAAAUUCACACAGGUGAGAAGCCUCAUUCUUGUAGCACCUGUGGGAAAAGCUACGCUACAAUGGUAUACUUGAAAAUUCACAUGAGGAGUCACACAGGUGAGAGGCCAUAUUGUUGCACUACAUGUGGAAGAAGAUUUAGUAAUUUAACAGGAUUCAAAAGUCACAUGAAAAUUCACUCAGGUGAGAAGCAACAUGCUUGUAGCACCUGCGGGAAAGGAUUCAUUCAGCUACAAAACCUGAAAAGGCAUAUGAGAACUCACACAGGUGAGAGGCCAUUUUCUUGUAGCACCUGUGGGAAAGGAUUUUGUGGCCUCUCCGGUUUAAAAAGACAUAUGACAGUACACACAGGUGAGAGGCCAUAUUCUUGUAGCACCUGUGGGAAAUCAUUUAGAGAAUUAUCAACAUUGAAAACUCACAUGAGAAUUCACACAGGUGAGAAGCCAUAUUCGUGUGGCACCUGCGGGAAAAGUUUCAUUCAGUUGGCACAGUUGCAAAAUCACCUGCGAAUUCACACAGGCGAGAAGCCAUAUUUGUGUAGUACCUGUGGGAAAAGAUUCCGUAAUGUUACGAACAUGAAAUCUCACAUGACAGUUCACAUUACCACUGGUUAAAAGUUUCCUGCUUAAGAAAUGUGUCAGUAUAGCAUGCGUGUUAAUGGUAGAGCCAGCGAUGACAGCGCAAAUCACACCUGUGGGACAAAAUAUGGUGAUCCCACAGGUAUUUUUCAGCUCAAUACGGCAUAUAUUUAUUUCCUACAAUAACUAACUGUAACAACUGUUUAUUCUAUUAACUGUCUUAUUCAUAUGAUGCAGGGGAAACUCUGGUUUUAUAUUUGUCUAAAUUCAUAUUUUUAUUGUUUUAGGCUGUAGAGGUGACAAGUGUAAGUUGUACAGAAACUUGUUCCAUUAAACAGCUUUGUUAUAGAGAAAGAAGCUUAGAUAAGUAGUUUUAUUUUUCACUUGUUGCUUAUUAUGGCAAAUAUUUAAUUUCUCUGUUGUUCAGAGGUUUCACUGCACAAGAUUAAAAGCAGGGAAGUGUCACACAGAGGACACAAAUAUAUCAUUAUGAACUUGAGGAACUUCAUAUGUUAUGAUGUUCAUUUUCAUGAAAAUUAAACUUCAGAAGGUGCUGAAGGGUUUUGAGUUUUAUAAUGUUUAAAUAAAGAUGUGUUUUAAACUUAUGACUUUUUUCUGAGUUGUAAAGUGAAGUCCCUACAAUAAUAGAGAGAGAACGGCAACAGUCACAUGUCCUUCUAUAAACAAGAACUUGGUGUAAGUGUGAAGGAAAAACUCUUGACCUUAAAAAAUCGUGGCACUACAUGCAGUGGUGCCAGCAUUAGCCAUGUUAGCAUGUUACCGUCAACAGGUGGUCAGGCUGCCCGCAGGCAAAGACUCGCAGGUUUGGCUCUCCAUUUCACAGCAGUCCUUUCACAUUCUUAACAUAUCCGUGUUGGGCAGAGUGUAGAAACAGCUGCUGAAUGGCCUUUGUCAAAUGAGGGUUUUUUUAUUGAGAGUUUAAUUCUUUUUUUGUGAAAUCCAUUUUCGAUUUGACGUAUUUAUCAAUGAAUUAAUAAAUCAUUUUGAAAUAUUGAUUUAUAAAUAUUGUUUUUAUUUAAAAUGUAAUAUUAAAUAAUAAUUUACCUUUGUAAUGUUUAAACAAAUAAAAAAAAAUUAAAAAAUAAAUUCAGCAAAAAUUAUUUUUUUGGUGUGUGUGGCUCUUGUGGUCCUCCAUAGUCAUGUUCCUCAACUGGGCAAACAAAAUUAGUUGAUCAGAGAUUCAGCCAGGAAUCAUCCUGAUCGCAAUCAACCAAUAACUCCAGUGAUGCGACUCCACUAAGUUGACUAUGUGUCUUUAUUCUGGUCUUUGAUUUUGUAAACUUUGUUUCUUUUUGUCAAAAUGUUGGCCUUAGUUCCAUGUUUUUCCGUUAAUCAACAAGGUUUAAAAUGGCUUUAGGUUAAACAAACAGGAAAAUAUCCACUUUGGGGUUUUCCCAUUAAUCCAGACAAAGGGUUGUUUUUUUCUGGUCAGUGAACUUUAACUUUGUUUCUUUAUGAAUAAACUGUAACACCUGGAACUUGUCUGAGUUAACCAGAGCUGCAAGCUAUGUUUUCUUUUACACUUGGGCUUGUUUAAUAUAUAUGCAUAUUAAAGCACUUAAGUGUUGUUUUUUCCCCUGUUGGGUUGUAAUUGAUAAUUUGUGCUUAAUGAGUUGCGCAAAUUGAGGCUUCAUUGAUCUUUCGAGUAUGGCUUGGUAGUCUUCAAAUCAAAAUCAUGAUCAACCGAACAUUUUACCAUGAUUGUGAUUAACCCUUUAAUGCAUUAAUUAUGACAACCUCAAUCUGGAUUUUUUUCUUAAGUAUUUUUUAUUCAUCUUUAGGCAUGGAAAAAAGAUUUCUGAAAUUCAUUUUUUAAACAUGUGCUUUUCAAAGUUUUUUACAUGUCCACUUAGGUGGACAUCACCACCUUUGGAGUGGGUGGCAGGGUAUGGAGUGACACAUCAGUGUCUAAUGUAGUGGUUUAUGUGCAAGUAUACCAUCAACACCGACACAAAUACAAGAAAACAACCUUUAAAUAGCCACUGUAGUGACCACUAUGCGUGAAAGGGUUAAUGAACAAUUUUUACAUAUAUAUAAAAUACAUCUCAUAGAUAUAGUAUUGUUCUUGCCCUCACUAGAUAUAUAUUUUAAAUAUGCUACUUAAGCUUAGAUUUUCUUUCCAUAUUUUGAUGAUAGUAUUACUUUUGGUCACUGAAACAAUUUUUCUCACAGUUUCCCAUUUUCUUCUUUUUGUUUGAGUCUUGAAAGGGUUUGAACUGCAGGAGGGGAGGGCUUCUGUGCACACACACACACACUACGCCUGAGAUUACAAUUAAGAACAUCCCAGCGAGCCAACAGGAGAAAAAAAACUUAAUAGUGACUUUCUGUCAGGGCAAGCAAAGCAGGCAGUACAUGCCCAGUGAAAUCUAUGAACACAUACUAUCUAAAAUCUGACUGGCCAUAAUCUCUCUUCUUGCAUCUCAAACAGCAUUCUGUCAUAAAGCUUGCCUGCCUUUUUGCAUACUUUAAAUUACUGCCAUCUUGUAACAGUGAUCAGUUUUUCAGUUGGUCAAGUUGAUCUUUGUUCGACUUUACUUGGACAUUAAAUAUGGCACACAGGGCUGGUUAAAAAAUUUUAAAGAUUACACAUUAGACCAAAUUAUUCGACAAAAGUUUUAAUUAGAUUGUGUUGAUAUCUUACAAUAAAUGACCCACAUCAUAAAGGACAGUGCAAGAGAUUAAAUAUACAGGACAGGAUGAAAAUCAAGUUUAGUCUUCAUGAAAAUAAAUAUCACCACAAUAAUAACUAAUGUUCAUACAAAAAUAUGUUAUGUGUUUCUUGAUCUUUUUCAGUUUUUAAUCUUAUGUAGUGGAACCUGUUUAGUGGCUAAUAAAACAAUAAAAAAUAUCAAACUAAAACAUAUAGGAUGAAAUUAGUAGAAUAACAUUUUCUUUUUUUUUUUGCAUCUCGGUGAUGGAAUAACCUUCAGAGCACAUUCAAGCUGGAACUUUGUCUCCAUGGCAGACUUCGAAGCUCUUAUAAAAGCUUCUGAAGCUGAAUAGUGAAACUGCUAUUCAUAAACUGGGCUUAUGUUACUUGUUGACUUCUGGGUAAGUCUGUGUCAAAUCAAUAAAGCUUUCUGCUAGCCCAUCUCAGAUUUGCAUAAAGAUUUAACAGUAGAAAUUUUAAACAUUUAUACUGAUUGCUGUGAAAUUUUAGCUUCAUAUAUUGAAUAGUUUUUUUUUGUUUUGUUUUUUUAAAAUGGUCCAAUGACCCACUUUCAGGCCUUUUUUUUUGCCCUACUCUACUUACCUACCAUUUUGAGACCUACUGCUUACACAACUCUGAUAAUUCAGGUUAAAAUAUAACAUUUUUAUUCAAAUUGGAGAAGGUGGAACAGAAACUUUUUUGUUUUGAUAAAAAUUUAAUUUGAUGCUUUUAAAAAAAUUAAAUCCUGUCCUGUCUGGCAGCUUAUAAAAUACAAAUUAUGAUGUAAAAAUCACUGUUGUGCCAAACAUAUGUAGCUUUUCCAAGAUACAUUCAAUAAAAUCUACAGGCUCCUCUUGUUUAUGUUUCUUUUAUUGGCUUAUUUCAUCCUUUUAUUUGUGUUAUUUCAGUUAUUAGAUUAUAUGUAACAUAGUAUAUUAUAAUAUGACAACUCUGAUAAUUCCCCACACUUUGAAACAUAACAUUGUUAUGUAAAUUGGAAAAGGAUUAUUUAAUGAUUUGAUUAACUAUGCAAAUAUCUAAUGAAAUUAUUUUACAAUUUAUAAUUACACAACCAUCUAGAAACUUGUUCUAUUCACAUUAAACUUUACUGAUAUUUUUGUUUUUGUUAAAACAUUUAUCAUUUUUGCUCAAAUGCUUGAAAAUAGCAUUUUCUUCAUUUUUUGUAAAUAAGGAAGAAAAAAAUAUUCUACAUGGUUGCAUUAUCGUAAAAUAAAACAAUAUAAUGGUAACUAUAACCCUCAGAGAUUAACCCUAGUUGUUUUUAUUUAUUUUAUUAGUGUGUGCUCAAAUACAGGACUCUAUAGGUCAGCUGGGUCUUUUAUUUCAUAUUUUAACUAGCCAAUACCCAGAAAAUGUUGUGUUUUUAACCAUUUAUAUAUAUAUAUAUAUAUAUAUAUA